ACUUCCGGGGUUGACGGCAUCACGCCGACGCGAGGGGGUGGGGUUUGCGUCUGACGUCACGACGCUCGGCGUUGUGUGACGGCGGCGCCGCGCGCGCGGGAGCGGGCGGUGGGAGAAGAUGGCGGCGGGGCCGAUAUCCGAGAGGAACCAGGACGCCACCGUGUACGUGGGGGGGCUGGACGAGAAGGUCAGCGAGCCGCUGCUCUGGGAGCUGUUUCUGCAGGCGGGACCCGUGGUCAACACCCACAUGCCCAAGGAUCGGGUCACCGGCCAGCACCAAGGUUACGGGUUUGUGGAGUUCCUCAGCGAGGAGGACGCGGAUUACGCCAUCAAGAUCAUGAACAUGAUCAAGCUGUACGGGAAGCCCAUCCGCGUGAACAAAGCCUCGGCCCACAACAAAAACCUGGACGUGGGCGCCAACAUCUUCAUCGGCAACCUGGACCCCGAGAUCGACGAGAAGCUGCUGUACGACACCUUCAGCGCCUUCGGCGUCAUCCUCCAGACGCCCAAGAUCAUGCGAGACCCCGACACGGGCAACUCCAAGGGCUACGCCUUCAUCAACUUCGCCAGUUUCGACGCCUCGGACGCCGCCAUCGAGGCGAUGAACGGACAGUACCUCUGCAACCGCCCCAUCACCGUGUCCUACGCCUUCAAGAAGGAUUCCAAGGGCGAGCGGCACGGCUCGGCGGCCGAGCGGCUCCUGGCGGCGCAGAACCCGCUCUCGCAGGCCGACCGGCCCCACCAGCUCUUUGCCGACGCUCCUCCGCCCCCCUCGGUCCCCACGCCCGUUGUCACCACGCUGGGACCCGGUGUCACCCCUCCAGGUCUCCCCCCGCCCGGCUCGUUCCCCCCGCCGGUGCCGCCCCCCGGGGCGCUGCCCCCCGGCCUGCCGCCCGCCAUGCCCCCCCCGCCCAUGCCGCCCGGGGCCGGCGCCCCCGGCCCCCCCACGGGCGCUGCGCCCGCCGGGGCCCACCCCCCGCACCCGCACGCCUUCCCCCCGGGCGGCAUGCACCACCCAGGAAUGCCGCCCAUGCAGGUGCACCACGGCCCGCCGGGGAUGGGCCAGCACCACCCAGGACCACCCGGCUCCGCGGGACAGCCGCCCCCGCGCCCCCCGCCCGGAAUGCCGCACCCCGGACCCCCGCCCAUGGGGAUGCCGCCCCGAGGACCCCAUUUCGGGUCGCCCAUGGGUCACCCGGGCCCCAUGCCGCACCACGGGAUGCGCGGCCCCCCUCCGCUGAUGCCCCCGCACGGCUACAACGGGCCCCCCCGGCCCCCACCCUACGGCUACCAGCGCGUCCCGCUGCCCCCCCGGCCCGCGCAGAGACCCCCCGGGGUGCCGCCCCGCGGCCCCUUGCGGGGCCCCCUCCCCUAGACGUGGGGCCAGCAGAGCCCCCUCCCUGUCGCUGUCCCCAAACUUUCCUGUCCCCUCAGACCAUCAUCCCCACACCCACCGGGGGCCGGUGGGUCCAUCCCUGUCACCCCCAACUCUGCGUUUCCCCCUCCCCACCUUUCCCCCCUUCUCUUUUUAUAACAUUCCUUCUCAUGACUCUCCCCCUCCUCCCCCAUUCAGUCUCAGCCUGGAAGGUUUUCCAAGGUCCCGUUACCGGUGGUUUUUAUUCCUCUGUAAAGCAGGGCUCUCCCUUUUACAAAUAAAGCCUUUUAAGCGCG